GUUCUAGUAUAGCCUUUAGUGUGUACGCCUGCAAUGUCAAUUUUAACUAGUAGAUCAAUGAUACUCGAACGUAUCUCUAAUCAUGUUUACAUGACAAAGCAGCGAUUUUUGCUGCAUGAGUAAGCUAAAUCAAUGAACUAUGCUCUGGAAAUAGAGCAAAUUUUACGGCUAGACAAACUAUUGUCGACUUAUCUGCGACUAACAACCAAACUGAUUUCUGCGCACAUUGAAAACGAAACAGUUCUGAAAGUGUUUUAUUCUAAAGGUCAAGUCUGAGUUGGCGGUGUCGGCAUAAAUGCAUGAUAAAGUGACUAAUGUGUGUACAUAUGUGUGUAUGUGUUUGUGAAAUUAUGUGCUCAUAUAAAAGAAUGCCUAUGGCAACAUGUUUAUAACAAUGAACACUUUGUACCCUAUCUCUAAAUAUUUUACACUCGAAGAAAACAAAGACAAAAAGAGAACAUUACAAAAAAUAUCUUUACACUCCGAGUGCAUAUAGAUUGCUCUAUAUGGUUGCAGUGCAUUCAUGCAUUGAUUAUAGAAAACAGCGAUUUCGGAUAGGCGCAACAGCGGGCACCAGUGAUAAGGAUAAGCAUAUAUUGUGAUUGCUUGCCAGCCCGUCAACAUUUAGUUGCUUAGGAGACGUCUCGAGAAGCACACGCUGGACUUGCACUUGGCAGUAAAAAAUAUUAAACGAAUAUUUUUGAAAUGAAAAUUGAAUGGGCUCCAAUUAAAGUGCCGCUAAAGCGGCGACUACAAACUUUAGUUACUGGACUGUUUACAUUGUUUUUCUUUACGCUGCCAUUGACAUCUAGUCUAUUAAUACUUUUGCUAUUGUUCUAUGGCGGCUUAAUAAUACGCACUCUGGUGGUGAUGUAUACAGUUUGUAUUUAUGUACAACAUAAAAGAAACUAUUCAUACAUGAAAGGCAAUGGCUUUAUGUUAAAUCGCACAAAUUGCGUAUAUCGCAUGUAUCGCAAUUACUUUCCCGUUGAUUUGGUCAAGACAGCCGAUCUACCAGCGAAUAAAAACUAUAUUCUGGCCAGUUUUCCCCAUGGCAUACUCGGCACGGGAAUUUGCAUAAACAUGGGCCUGGAAAUCAGCAAAUGGCUGGAGCUUUUUCCGGGGGUGCGUCCCAAGGUGGCCACGCUGGAUCAACACUUUGUGAUACCAUUUCUAAGAGAUCUGUUGCGUUGGUGGGGCUUGAUCUCAGUUUCCAAGGAAUCUUUGACGUAUUAUCUUACAAAAUCCAAUGAUGCUAAGCAUACUGACAAUAGCGAUGGCUUCACUUCCAAUGCGGUGGCUAUUUUAGUUGGUGGCGCUCAAGAGGCAUUGGAUUCACAUCCCGGCCAAUAUGUGGUGACGCUAAAGAAUCGCAAAGGAUUUGUUAAACUAGCCAUGCGCACGGGCUCAGCUAUUGUGCCUUGCAUUUCCUUUGGCGAAGUUGAUAUCUUUGAUCAAGUGGCCAAUCCGCCAGACUCGCUGCUGCGCCGUUGGCAAACUGCUAUUAAGAAUUCCACAGGCAUUGCGCCGCUUUUACCUGUGGGGCGUGGUUUCUUUAAUUACACAUUUGGCUUUUUGCCCUACCGUCGACCGAUUGUGCAAGUUGUUGGCGCACCCAUUGAUGUGGUGCAGAAUGCGCAGCCGUCCGCGGAUUACGUGGAUAAGGUGCAUGGCCAGGUCAUGGAUGCACUGCAGCAAUUGUUUGAGGAACACAAAGCGAAAUAUGUACAAAAUGAAACCACUAAAUUGAUCAUACGGUAAACAAAACAACAUGCGGCGGUGCUACCAACUCGCGCUAAUGUGUAAAGCUUUUGGUAUUUUUAAAUCACAAACUGUGAUCGUACUAAAACUUUACUUUUGAAAAUGUAAAAGGUUAAAAUUCCUGUUAAGAAGUCGAUGAAUUUAGUUGAAUUAAUUUAAGUAAUUAAUAAGUUUGUUAGCACACCCAACAAAAAAUAAAACUGU